UUAUGCACGCUCUAUCCGUCGACAAUUUUCGUCUAAUCAUCCUCACAGCCCCGAUAAGAGAAUUCUAUUUGUCAGCUUUCUUUCUGUUCUGUCCUCUUUUGAACCCUAAAUUUGAUAACUCCAACGCUUGUAAGUUUUGUUCCAUAACCCAGGUUGGGUUUAUUGUGCGGAAUGGCAUCUGUGUCUAGUCAGCCCCAGUUCCGUUACACACAACCACCUUCCAAGGUACUCCAUUUGAGAAACUUGCCAUGGGAGUGCACAGAGGAGGAACUAAUUGAACUUGGGAAACCAUUUGGAAAAGUUGUUAAUACAAAGUGUAAUGUCGGAGCAAACAGAAAUCAAGCCUUUAUUGAAUUUGCAGAAUUAAAUCAAGCUAUUGCAAUGAUAUCGUAUUAUGCUUCAUCCUCCGAACCGGCUCAGGUACGAGGGAAAACCGUCUACCUACAAUAUUCCAACAGACAAGAGAUAGUGAACAACAAAACUACUGCAGAUGUUGCUGGAAAUGUACUGUUGGUAACGAUUGAGGGUACUGAUGCUCGUCUUGUCAGCAUUGAUGUCUUACACUUGGUUUUUUCGGCCUUUGGAUUUGUGCACAAGAUUACUACCUUUGAGAAGACAGCCGGAUUCCAGGCUUUGGUGCAAUUUUCCGAUUCAGGAACUGCCUCUUCUGCUAAAGAUGCUCUUGAUGGUAGAAGCAUUCCCAGCUAUUUGAUUCCAGAUCUGGGACCCUGCACCCUUAGGAUCACAUAUUCUGCACACACGGAUUUAAGUGUGAAAUUCCAGAGCCACCGUAGCAGGGACUACACUAAUCCUCUACUUCCUGUUGCUCCCUCAGCCAUAGAUGCAAGUGGUCAGGUCAGUUUGGGUUUGGAUGGGAAAAAAAUAGAGCCCGAGAGUAAUGUCCUUCUUGCUUCCAUUGAGAACAUGCAAUAUGCGGUCACCUUGGAUGUUUUGCACACGGUAUUCUCUGCUUUUGGGCCGGUUCUAAAGAUUGCCAUGUUUGAUAAGAACGGAGGAGUUCAGGCUUUGAUUCAGUAUCCUGAUGUUCAGACAGCAGUUGUUGCCAAGGAAUCCUUGGAAGGACACUGCAUAUAUGAUGGAGGGUUUUGUAAGCUUCACAUAUCAUAUUCACGCCACACUGAUCUCAGUAUAAAGGUCAACAAUGACCGGAGUAGAGAUUAUACAAUCCCAAAUACUCCCAUGUUGAACUCCCAACCCUCGUUUUUAGGGCAGCAACCACAUCAGAUGGUGGGACUUGGUGCUCAUCAAUACAAUGGGGCGCAGUUUGCUCAAGCUCCCCAAGGGCUUGUAGGGCCUCAGUCUUCAGCAGGUUGGGGCCCAGUUGCGGCAGCAGCACCUCAAUCCAUGCCCAUGCAGAUGCAUGGUCACCCUUACAUGCCUUCUGCAGCUAUCCCUCCUGAACAUAGCCAGAAUGGCCUACAACAUACAGCAACAAUGCCCCCGUAUAAGCCCCAAUAGCAUUAUCCUCCCAUAAAAAUCUUCUGUUUCCGUCAUUGGUCGAAUUUCAGUUCUCUAGCAGGCUUAAACAAAAGUGUACAAUCUGGAAGGAGGUCCUUCAGCCACAUUUGCCUACACUGAGGAUCUCACAUUUCAAAGUUUAAAUUGUUGAUCAUUUUGAUUUUUCUUUUCUAAUAUUUUGAAAGUGAUACUCUGUGAGCUGGACUUUGGAACUCUUGAUAGGCUUGUUAGACUUGAUGAACUGUUCCCCUUUGUGGUACUGUAUAAUAUCCUGGCGCCAUUUUAUUUUC